GAGUCCAUGCAACUUACACUGAACACAAAAUAUAAAAGCAACAUGUAAAAUGUUGGUCCCGUGUUUCAAGAAUUGAAAUAAAAUAUCCAAGAAAUUUUAUUUAUUUCAUUUUGUGCACAAAUUAGUUUACAUCCCUGAUAGUGAGCAUUUUUUCUUAGCCAAGAUAAUCCAUCCGUCAGACAGGUGUGGCAUAUCAAGAAGUUGAUUAAACAGCAUAAUCAUUACACAGGUGCCCCUUGUGCUGGGGACAAUAAAAGGCCACUAAAAUGUGCAGUUUUGUCACACAACACAAUGACAAAGAUGUUUCUCUACAAUUUCUCUACAAUAAGCUGUCUCCAACAUCAUCAUAGAAAAUAUGGACCUCCACAAUCCACCCAGGACCUCCACAUCCAGUUUCUUCACCUGUGGGAUUGUCGGCGACCAGCCACUCGGACCACUGAUGAAACAGGAGUAUUUAUGUCUGUAAUAAAGCCCUUUAUUAGGGAAAAACUCAUUCUGAUUGGCUGGGCCUGGCUCCCCAGUGGGUGAGCCUAUGCCCUGCCAGGCCCACCCAUGCCUGUGCCCCUGCCCAGUCAUGUGAAAUCUGUAGCUUAGGUCCUAAUUUAUUUUUUUAAAUUGACUGAUUUCUUUAUAUGAACUGUAACUCUGUAAAAUUGUUGCAUGUUGCGUUUAUAUAUAUUUUUCAGUAUUUAUGUAUAUAUAGUACCAGUCAAGUUGGGACAACUACUCAUUCCAGCAUUUUUCUUUAUUUUGACUAUUUUCUACAUUGUAAAAUAAUAGUGAAGAGAUCAAAACUAUGAAAUAACAUGGAAUCAUGUAGUAACCCAAACAGUGUUCAACAAAUCCAUCCCUCUCCUUCUUGGUCAAAUAGCCCUUACACAGCCUGGGGGUGUGUUUUGGGUCAUUGUCCAGUUGGAAAAACAAAUGAUAGUCCCACUAAGCGCAAACCAGAUGGGAUGGUGUACCGCUGCAGAAUGCUGUGGUAGCCAUGCUGAUUAAGUGUGCCUUGAAUUCUACAUAAAUCACUGACAGUCACCAGCAAAGCACCAUCACACUUCCUCCUCCAUGCUUCAUGGUGGGAACCACACGAGGAGAUCAUCUGUUCACAUGCUCUGCGUCUCACAAAGACACAGAGGAGUUUUCACAAAAGCUUUCCAGAACUUGCAAACUGCUUUUUACACUGUUCAACAUACCUUGUGUCAAUUGAAGCAUAUCCUCAAUACUGACAAACUAAACUAAUGGUGUUUUCUAAAGCAAGAAAUAGACCUCUGAACCUUUCACCUAUUACUACCUGUCAGGACAAGGAGAUUAAGGUUGUCACCUCGUAAAUAUCUUGACAUUUUAAUUGAUGACGGCCUGUCUUUUAAAUUGCAUAUUCAACAACUUACAAAGAAUUGAAGAUGAAAUUGGGAUUUUAUUUUAGGAAUAAGGCCUGUUUUUCUUUUGAAGCUAGAAGGAGGCUAGUAUCAGCUACAUUUAUGUCUUUACUAGACUAUGGGGAUAUUUUAUAUAUGAAUGCUUCCGCUGGGUGUUUGAGAUCAAUUGACACCUUUUACCAUGGCACUUUGAGAUUUAUUUUAUACUGCAAAACUCUUACGCACCACUGCACUUUGUAUACCAGGGUUGGCUGGCCUUCUCUAGUCACUCGUAGGCUCAGGCACUUGGUAUACUUUUAUUUACAAAGCCAUUUUGGGUUUACUACCGUUUUAUUUGGGCAUUUUUAUUGUUCAGAAAUGUGGUGGGUACUCUCUUCGUUCACUGGACUUUAUCCUGUUAACUGUUCCAAAUGUCUGAACUGAAUUUAGUAAAAGGUCUUUUAUGUACUCUGCACCAUCGUCUUGGAACGCCUUACAAAAUACUUUUAAACUGGAAGAACUUGUCCCGAUUGGUGUUUUUAAAUCACUGAUGAAUGAUCUUGAGAGUGAUUCCCUGACCUGUCAAUGUUUUUAAUUUGCUGUUUUUGAUUUUGUUAUACUCUUGUGAAUUCUAUGGUUUUUACUAGAUUACUUGUAGUUUUUCAUGUUUGUAAUUUUUGUAAUGACUUGGUGCUGCCAUUUUGGCCAGGACGCUCUUGAAAAAUAGAUUUCAAUGAGCCCUUCCUGGUUAAAUAAAGGUUACUGUUACGGAUACAGGUAUCCUGUGUCUGUGUGUAUAUGUAUCCUGUGUUCUUUUCUCUCCUUCUCCCCUCACAGGUGAAAAUCAUCACUCCCCAAUCAGUCAACAAUCCAAUCAUCAAUCAGAAGACACACCUCCUCCUGUUUCCUACCCUAUCACAGUUCCUUUCCCUUAGUUUAAAAACCGCAUCAGUUGUUUGCUCUCGAGCUCAAUCUCUCUUCUGUAAAUGUCAUGUCUGUAGGUCUUUGUGUGUCACUCUCUUUGUGUAUUAACCUCUCUUUUGUUUGAGCACCUCCAUAGCACUUUGUCAUCACCUGAAACUGACAACCCAAGAUCAGCCAGUUGAGGACACCUGAGCCCCCCUUUGUACUGUGACUGUCUUGUACCACAAUGCUUGGCCUUCAGGGAAGCACCUCGUCCCCUAAAAUGUAUCGCUGUGUGGCUUGUUCAGCCACCUUUACUGGAUUGGCAUCCUUGUUGGUGCACCAAGCUUCUCAUGCAGUUCAAUAUGACAAGCAACCACCACAAUCUGAGAAGCAGCCUCUCUGUACUCACUGUGGUGAAGUGCUUUCAAACAAGGAGCUCCAAGACCAGCACUUCUGCAAAGCACUACCUGAGACCCCGGCUCCCUCUCUUUUUAUCUGUGAUUGUGGGGAUGAGUUUCAGAACUUUAAUGAAAUGCUGGAGCAUAAAAGAUCUCAUGUCUCAACCCCCCAGCAGCAGACCCCGACGACUGAUGCCAGAUAUUUGAGCCAAGACGAAUGUAGUCUGGUUGAACCUGCCCAACCAGUCUCCCCUCAGCCAACCCUUAGCCAAACCAUUUUGGGCCUCAUUCCCCCCUCCCAUCCCUCACCCCUAUCUCCUGUCAUUCCUAGUUCAAUUCUCCCACAGCUUAAUAGCACAUCCAUCGUUCCUGAAGUCUAUACAAAUAAGGGGUUUAUUGCCCUAACCAGACCUCCAGAGCUGAACAACCUCCCUCCAGGUGCAAGUGAGCAGGAAUUACAGCCUGAUGGGCUUGACCAACCUGAGAACAGCUCUACUGCACAGGAACCCUCACCACAGUCUGUCCAGGAUGAGACUCCUGAGGAUGCAGACUGUCCCGUUACAAGCUGUGCAUCUUCAGAAGAUGCCGGCGCACCUAAAAAUGAGACGAUAAUGAAGAUGAUAGCAAAUGCCUACAUGAAACGUUAUCAACCUGCUCAACACUACCCAUUAAGACACAAGAGACUUGUGUUCCCCAAAAGAGAGCUUAUACCAGUGGAGGUGAUGUCACAAUCCAAACAAACAGCAGCAUCCACACCAGGGCCCUCUAUUGGCCAGUUAAGACACCUGCUUACAAACUCUGGUGCAAAGACAAUAGCCCGUCCAUCCGGCAUCAUAUCUUUGACUCAGACCUUCUGCCCUGUAGUAGUUCUUGAGACCCGCCAAAAGCUUAUUGAUUCUAGAAAUAGGGCCACACAGGGGAGAUAUCAAUGUGGCCGCUGCCGAAGUGUUUUUCAGGACUUGGACAGCUUGACAGUGCAUCAUGCCUUACACAGGAAGGAGAUAGUGAAGUGUUGUCGUCACUGUAAACAACUGAUGAUUGGAAAACCACCGCUUCCAGACAACCACAUCUGUCCCCUGGCUCCCCACCACCUUACCUCAGUGGGGAGUAAAUGCCACUCUAUCAAAAAGACUGCAUUAUUCCAGAAGCAAAAGAAGCAACAACCACAAAGAAUCUUCCAAAGUGUUAAAGCUAGGACGCCUUACUUUUGUCAAGUGUGCAAGCACAGCUAUGCCCGUAGGUAUAAUCUCAAUGUGCACAAAUGUCAGGGGCCACCCCAUCCUCUUCAGCAUGCCUCCAACUCUGCCCUGUACAAAAAUACUGCAUUUGGGUUAAACAUUAAAGCAAGGGAGCCUGUCACAGGCGUCAACCAGAGGCCUCUAAUCUCCAAAACCGCCGGUGUGGGCACUGUCAGCACUCGUCAGAUAAAGGAGGAGGUGAUUUCUGCAGAGUCAAGGCCACAUCCUCAGUUUCCUGAUUUACUCUGGUCUGGUUCACCUAAAAGCUUCUCAUCCUUCUAUCCCAAAGUUUCAACGCAUGUAACACCAGAAGAAAUUGAUUCAGGAUCUGCAACACUACAGCAAGGAGAUGGUGAAGGGGACAACGCAGCAAGUAGUUUUAAACAAGAAGGUAAAGAUGGAGAAUGGACAAUGCCUUUAGAUGAUUCUGAGAUUGACGUGCUGAUUGAGGCAGUAGAUGCAGAAGACGACGAUGAUUUAAUGCUACAAGAACCUAUUUCUCAGGGUCAUGUCAAGUCAACAAAGGAUGGCGUGCCUUAUUUCAUAAAAGAUGGUGCUAGACGUUUUCCCUGCUAUAGAUGUCAGAAAACGUACAGUCGAGGGUGCACAUUAAAAAAGCAUCAAAGGCUGUGUGGAAAUAGAUCAUUUUUGCCACAAUCUACCUUCCGGACGGUAGCACAGAAAGUCAACAAGGGUCAAUUCCAAUUCGAUUGCUAUGUCUGUGGGAGGAGCUUUAACCGCAAAGAUAACAUGCUGAUUCAUAGGAAGAAGUGCCAGUUAAGUAGAACCGUGGCCAAGAAUGAUAAUGGACUUUUACCACAGGGCUUACCAGCAGCCCAGGCACCACAACGUCUCGUGGCACAAAGUAGUAAAAAUCUGGGGGAUAAUGGGGCAAAUUGGGGUAUUAUGUCAUUGCCCAAUGUUCUCCCCAGGAGAGUGACAUGUGAGUGUGGGGCAGGCUUCACUAGCCCACGGCUCCUCCUGGAGCAUUUGCAAAAGCAUGCGCAGGAGUCCUAUACCUGCCCCACAUGCGGUGAGACACUGAGUUCCUGGGCAGACUAUGAAGUCCACCUACAAGUGCACAUGCAGCCUCAGCACCAGAUGUAUGGGGGAAUGCAACAGCAGAGCUCUCCACCUCUACUGCUUAGGUUUCCACAGCAGUCGCGUCAGCAGCGCCUGCCAAAGCAGCGACAUGCGCCUCUGCAACACUCUCUGCCAGCACAGCGCCCUCAGCCAAAUCAACAACCUCUGCGGAAGCCUAGAAAGCCACAGCCACGCUGUGUGUGCAUACGAUGCAGCAACACCUUUUGCAGUCGCGGCGCGCUGCUAAAGCACCUCUCCUGGAAUCGGUGUAAAGGUGACAGAGGAGCUAUUUCAGCGAAGGCAAACCACUGUUCCCGCUGCAGCAUGGACUUCCCCAAUGGCCUCAGCCUCAAGUUUCACCAGCUAAAUGGAAUGUGCAAGCCUGCCUUCAAGCCCAUGCGUUGCCCUGUGUGCGUGCGCUGGUUUGGCACUGUGGAGGGACUCCAGAAACACCUGCAAACACACGACCAGACCAACUCAUUUCGCUGCCUCAUCUGCCAGCGCCUCUAUCCCAGCCUACGGUCGCUGAAAGACCACCGCAGAAAGGUCCAUUGCAUUUUGUCUGGAGACACAGCGCAGGUUACACAAUGAGAGUGAAUACUCUGAAAAUCAUAAUCCAACAGAACAUGUAUGAACAAUGAUUUUAGCAAAAUGUUUUUGCAAGAUCGGUUAUUGAUUUGAGGGAUUAAUUUUGUCUUGUGUAACCAUAUAUAAUCACUAUUGUACUAUACUACUUUGAUUCUAUUUUCACUGUCUAUCAAUAGACUCUUCUUGCUCACUUGAACCUAUUUUAAUGGUCAAAGUUGUAAUUGUUGUAUUGUGCUGUAAAAUGCAAUGAUAAAAUGUAAAAUGCAAUGAUGUUUUUAGCUUGUUCUUUAAGGGAUACUUUGGGAUUUUGGUAAUGAAAUCCUUUAUCAACUUCCCCACUAUGAAGGAAGUUCGAGGUAGUUACCGUAGACUUCGUCAUUGUGCUAAUGCUAGUUAGCAACUUCCUCCAAACUGCACGCAGAGACAUAAAAAUGGUAUGGACAAGUUCAUCUGACUCUGUGAAGUAGAUUAAGGGCUUUAUUGCCAAAAUCCUGAAGUAUCCCUUUAACUCUUAAACCAUUAUUAAAAUGUACCACUUAUUGUUCAACUGCUAUUUUAGGUUGUGCAAAAACGUUGAUGGUUAUAUCUUAGUGUGGUAGCUGUCAGUGCAUUGUGGAGAAAACAAAUAAGUGAAUAUACACUACAAAGUAUGUGCACACCUGCUCGACAAACUCCUCAUUCCCAAAUCAUGGGCAUUAAUAUGAAGUUAGUCACCCCACCCCGCCUUUGCUGCUAUAACAGAAUGCACCCUUCUGGGAAGGCUUUUGUGUAGAUGUUGGAACAUUGCUGAGGGGAAUUGCUUCCAUUCAGCCACAAGAGCAGUAGUGAGGUCGGGCACUGAUGUUGGGCGAUUAGGCCUGGCCCGCUGUCAGCGUUCCCAUUUAUCCCAAAGGUGUUCAAUGGGGUUGAGGUCAGAGCUCUGCAGUCCAGUCAAGUUAUUCUACACCGAUGUCGACCAACCAUUUCUGUAUGGACCUUGCUUUGUGCACAGGGGCCUUGUCAUACAGAAACAGGCAAGGGCCUUACCAAACUGUUGACGCAAAGUUGGAAGCCCAGAAUCGUCUAGAAUGUCAUUGUGUGCUGUAGUGUUGAUUUCCCUUCUUUGGAACUAAGGGGCCUAGCCCGAAACAUAAAAAAACAGCCUCAGACCAUUAUUCUUCCUCCACCAAACUUUAGUUGCCACUAUGCAUUGGGGCAGGUAGCGUUCUCCUGGCAUCCACCAAACCAAGAUUCGUCUGUCGGACUGCUAGAUGGUGACGCGUGAUUCAUCACACCAGAGAAUACGUUUCCAUUGCUCCAAUGGCAGCGAGUUUUACACCACUCCAGCCGAUGCUCGGCAUGGCGCAUGGUGAUCUUAGGCUUGUGUCCGGCUGCUCAGCCAUGGAAGCCCAUUUCAUGACGCUCCCGACUAACAGUUAUUGUGUUGAUGUUCCAAACUGCCUCUGGAAGCUCGGUCGUGAGUGUUGCAACUGAGGACAGGCUUCGUCUUUUCUCUUCUCCCCUCCGAACUCACAGAACGGAACCGGAGUGCGAUGUUUCCACUUCACAAUAAAUGCACUUACAAUUGACCAGGGAAGCUCUAACGGCAGACAUUUUACUUACUGACUUGUUCGAAAUGUGGCAUCCUAUGACGGUCCUGUUCAAUGUCACUGAGCUCUUCUGUAAGGCCAUUCUACUGCCAAUGUUUGUCUACUCUAUGGAAAUUGCAUGGCUGUAUGCUCAAUUGUAUACACCUGUCAGCAACGGUGUGGCUGAAAUAGCCAAAUCCACUCAUUUGAAGGGAUGUCCAUACUUGUGUGUGUAUAUAUAUAUAUAUAUAUAAUUUGAGCACUUCCAUCAAAACAGAAAUGUAGUUAGUGUGUGUUGCUCCUUGUUUUAAUAAAGCCCCAUUCAUAGAUGAAA